AUGAAUGGGGGAAGCAUACCAAGUGUCUCUAAUUAUGUGAGAACAUCUAUAAAACGAGAAGGAAAGUUUGAUGCUAUCCGAAAGCAAGAAUUAGCUGUAUUAGAAAAUAGUGAUAUUAUGAAUGUUCUGAAGAAUGAUAUCGAACGGCUUGUUAAUGAGUUGAUCAAGGAUAUGCCAGCCAAUAAACAGAGAGAGCAGGUUCAGAAUAAACUCCGAGAAUCUUUGCGAACUCCUAGAUUUGAAGCUCCAAUAAAAAAUUCUGUUCAUUCACAUGUGCACUCUGGUGCGAUUCAGAAUGAUUUGGAGGAAGAUUUACGGAACAAGAUACGAGAAAUAUACGGAUUGCCUCCAAGUUCUGAUCAAGAAUCUGAUAAUAACAAACAGGAGGAAGACGUGGACAUCAUGACCGUUUAA